AUGAAUUUCAAUACACCUCAACAGAACAAAACGCCUUUUUCGUUCGGGACUGCCAACAAUAACACUAACGCCACCACCCAGAACACAUCUACUGGUGGAGGUGCCUUUGGUACGGGACAACCAACAUUCAAUUUUAACAAUCCAGUAGCAAAUAAUGUAAACAACACAAACUCUUCAACCACACCCGCUUUUGGUAGCAACAAUACUGACAAUGCUGCAUUUGGUAACGGCAACCCUUCAAGCAACGCAUUUGGUAGUAACAGUACUGGAACAUCCCUCUUUGGAUCUUCUCAACAAACUAAAAAUAAUGGAGGAAAUUCAUUUGCGUCUUCAUCCCUAUUCAAUAACAACGGAAGUAACAAUGCCAAUAACAAUACCACGAAACCCGCGUUUGGGGGUUUGAAUUUUGGUAGCAAUAGUAACACAACUCCUAGUAUGACUGGUAAUGCUCCCCCAAGUAAUAACUUAUUUGGCGCUACUACAAAUGCGAACAAACCUGCCUUUUCCUUUGGCGCAACUACUAACGGCAAUGGAAAUGCUGAACCUUCUAAGUCUGCCUUCUCCUUUAAUUCAAAUUUCGGUAAUAAAACAGAGGGUCAAGCUCCCACGACAGCAUUUUCCCUAGGUUCACAAUUAGAUGGGGACAAAGCUGACAGUGAAGCUGCUAAACCUUCUCUCUCUUUUGCUUCGGAACCAACGGGCAGUAAACCAGAUGGAGUUUCGCAGCCGAAACUUUCUUUUGGUGCUACACCUUCAGAAUCUAAAGUCGGUGAAACAGCUAAACCUGCGUUUUCCUUUGGUACUACAACGACCCAUAGUAAGACAACCAAUACAACGCCGAAUUUUUCAUUCAGUGCUAAACCAGAUGAAAAGAAAGAAGGAGAUGCACCAAAGCCUGCCUUCUCGUUCGGUGCUAAACCAGAUGAAAAGAAAGAAGGAGAUGCAUCGAAGCCUGCCUUCUCAUUUGGUGCUAAACCAGAUGAAAAGAAAGAAGGAGAUGCAUCAAAACCUGCCUUCUCGUUUGGUGCUAAACCAGAUGAAAAGAAAGAAGGAGAUGCAUCAAAACCUGCCUUCUCGUUUGGUGCUAAACCAGAUGAAAAGAAAGAAGGAGAUGCACCAAAACCUGCCUUCUCAUUUGGUGCUAAACCAGAUGAAAAGAAAGAAGGAGAUGCACCAAAACCUGCCUUCUCAUUUGGUGCUAAACCAGAUGAAAAGAAAGAAGGAGAUGCACCAAAACCUGCGUUCUCGUUCGGUUCUAAGCCGGACGCAAAUAAAUCUACUAGUACAGAAUCAAGCAUUUCUUUUGGCACCAAGCCUGUGGAAAAGAAGGACAGUGAGACCACCAAACCAACAUUCUCAUUUGGAGCAAAAUCUGAAGAGAAAAAGAAUGAAAAAGCUACUAAUCCGACGUUUUCUUUUGAUUCUAAACCUGAGGAAAAGAAGGAUGGUGAUGCUUCCAAACCCGCGUUUUCAUUUGGAGCCAAAACUAAUGACAGGAAAGAAGGUGAUGCAUCAAAAACUGCUUUUUCUUUUGGAUCUAAACCUUUGGAAAAAAAAGGUGAUGGGGCAAAGCCUGCCCUUUCUUUUGGUACAAAACCCGAAGAACAAAAAGGCGAUGAUACAGAUAAAUCAGCGUUUACAUUUGGUUCUCAAAAAGAUAAUGAAAAAAAGACUGAGGUUCCUUCUUCCGGAAAGUCAAUUGCAGAUACUAAAUCAAGUGAUAACUUGAAACUAAACUCGAAAUUAGUGGAAUUGAAGCCAGUUUCUCUUGAUAAUAAAACUCUCGAUGACUUGGUAACGAAAUGGACUAACCAGUUAACAGAAUCCGCUUCUCAUUUUGAACAGUAUACGAAAAAAGUCAAUAGUUGGGAUCAAGUGUUAGUAAAGGGAGGCGAACAAAUUGGUCAGCUAUACUCUGAUGCUGUAAUGGCAGAACAUAGCCAGAACAAAAUAGACCAAUCUCUACAAUAUAUUGAAAGGCAACAAGACGAAUUAGAGAACUUUUUAGACAAUUUUGAAACUAAAACAGAAGCUCUUUUGUCUGAUGUCGUAUCCACAAGUUCAGGUGCUGCAGCCAACAAUAAUGAUCAAAAAAGGCAGCAAGCAUAUAAGACGGCUCAAACUUUGGAUGAAAACUUAAAUUCAUUAUCAUCUAAUCUGUCAUCUCUGAUCACAGAAAUUAACAAUGUAAGUAACACAUUCAACAAAACCACCACUAUCGAUAUGAACAAUGAAGAUGAAAAUAUUCAACUAAUAAAAAUUUUGAAUUCACAUUUCGAUGCUUUAAGGUCAUUAGAUGACAACUCCUCCACUUUGGAAAGAAAGAUCAAUUCCAUAAAAAACUGA